AUGGAUAAGUUGUUAUCCACAAUUAAAAAGAAACGGGACGAACUUAAAGAGCUUAAAGGUGAUAAAAAAUGGAUCAAAGCUUCUGAAGAAUCCGAAAAAAGGAGAUUAGAAGCACAAGAACAGUUAGAAAGGCAAAAUGAAUGUAAAAAAAGGUUAAUCGAUGAAAAAUUAAAGAAAAUUGAGGAGUUUUACGACAAAAAGCAAGUGAAAGAUGAGGAUAAAGUAUAUGAUAAAACAAAUGAUAUACCUGUCGUGGAAGUGGUUAAACGUCUUAGAAAAUUAAGGCAACCUGCAACAUUGUUUGGAGAAUCCCAUAAAGAGAGAUGCGAGAGGCUAUUUUCUCAGGAAACUGAUGUGGACGACUUGGAGGCAAGUCAAAACAUAUACGUUGACGCAAUAAUGGGCAGGAACAACUACUUGAUAUCCAAGUACAUAAACAAGAAUGUCACUCAAAUAGACUUCUUCGAUGAUUAUAAGGAUCUCCCGGAAACUUCUAAGCACUACAGGUACUUCAUACGCAUUUCAUUUCUUCGUAGAAUUUUCAACUGGGUUUCUCAGAUGCUGAGAUCCUGGGAACAGCAAAUGAUGGAUUGCAGGGAGGACUUGGUCAAGGAAGGCAAGGAGUUUGAGGCGAAGAGGAACGAAGCCAUGCUCGUUCAAACCAAGAAGGACAUCAAGCCUCUGCUUAAGUUGAUCAAGUCCAAAAAGCUCGACGAGGAUAUCUUGGAUAAGCUUUACAGGAUAGUCGAGUGCUGCGAAAAGGGCGAAUUUAAGGAGGCGCACGACGCUUAUAUGCUGCUCGCCAUAGGCAACGCCGCCUGGCCCAUGGGGGUUACCAUGGUUGGAAUCCACGAAAGGGCUGGAAGGUCGAAAAUUUUCACAUCGGAGGUUGCACAUAUUUUAAACGACGAGACCACCAGGAAGUAUAUCCAGAUGUUCAAAAGACUCAUUUCAUUUGCGCAAACAAAAUUUGGAAAAGAUCCAUCUAAAAUCAUAGUCGAAAUGACGAGUCGCGAAGAUCAGAAUAAAUCUUCGAAUUCAUCGCAAGUGUUAUCCUCGAAGGAUGCCGCAGUUUUUAAAAAUAUGAUGGAACUCUAUACAUUCAAAAAUUAUAAAAAGGCCUUGAAGGUGGCGGAGAGUCUUCUCGCCAAAUACCCCGAACACGGAGAAACACUCUCAGUCAAGGCGCUGCUACUGCUGUUCAUUGAUCCUACCAGGGAGAAUGAGAUCAUUGAGCUCGCGAAGAGGGGGCUGAGGAACGGAAUUAACAGUUAUAUGUGCUGGCACGUGCUAGGUGUGAUAUAUAAGCACGUGAAGAAGUACAGAGAAACCGCAAAGUGCUUCAUAAUGGCCCUAAAGCUUGAUCCACACAACGAUAGGCUUCUCAAGGAAAUCUGCUGUUUGGAAAUUGAACUGAGAGACUAUUCGGCAUUUAGAAGGUUCGCGAGCACGCAGCUUAAGUUGAAAUCAAAGGAGUACCGAGAGUGGAUGCUAUUUGCGUUCUCGCAGCACCUGUGCGGAAACCUGGCGAGUUCGUGCGAAAUACUGGAGGAAGCAGAUAAGUUAUUUAUCUCAGACUAUCGGGUAGAGGACUAUGAACUGAGCGAGUCGAUAAUGUACAGAGCAAUGGUAUACGAGCACCUGGGAGAGUUUGAAAAGUGCGCAAGGCUGUUGGAGCAGAAGGCGAGUUUGCUGAAGGAUAAGCUGACGUACCUGGAGCUCAGAGCGAAGGCGCUGUACCUGUCGAAAAACUAUCAGGCGGCAAACAACACGUACAGGCAGCUGCUUGACCUGAACCCGAACAACGCAGGGUUCGUGUUCAUGCUGUUCCUGACGCACCAAAACGAAAAGGUGAGGAACAUGUUCCUCUUCCAAUUGAGUGAGUUUGAAAAGCCGAAACGAGGCUCAAUAUACGACGAGAAGCUGAAGAACGACUCGAAAAAUUAUGUGGAAGGGACAGUUAAGGUGCCGGAAGAUCACGACUACCCGAUUGUGCUCAGCAACGAAGUCCUGGACAUGGACGGAGAGUAUUCGGCGGCGGGCUGGCAGCUGGAGCACAGACUGUACCACAACUUUGACAUGUACAUGAGCGCCAAGAGCACCUCAGGAAACGAGCUGUACGCGAACUGUUACGGCUUCCAGGAAUACGCGCUCAGCAUAUCAAGCAAGCUGGACCUGAGCGACCUGGCGGACCCAAGCACAGUGGAGACGAUAGAGGAAGUUGUGCAGACAGUGGACGAGUACCUGAGCGACCGCCCAGGGUCAGAUUUGGUAGUGUACUGCAAGUACAGGAGGCCGCUGAAAAGAGAUACGUACCCACUCUUCAUGUUCACCAGGAGCCUGGAGAAGGAGGAGGAGGACCAGCUGCUGGAGGCGUUGGACGGAAUGAACCUGAAGGACCCGUUCAUCUACAACUCAUUCGUCUUCACGUUCACCUCGGGCAUGAGUUUUUAUCGUAGAGCGCAGAAGUACAUAAUCGACUCCUUGAACAGAGGCUCAACAAACAUAAUCCGGAGCUUCCUGCACUGCCUGACCUUCAAGAAGGCGUACAUCCUGGCGUUCAUGCUGUCGGGGUUCAAGGAAAAGCUGAGAAGGCACCAGAGGAUCGACAGCGUCAAAAACGAAGUUCAGGUGAAGUGGUCAGACCACAUGGUCUCCUGCAACUACAGAGCAGUGCUCACGGCGCUCUUCUUGGCGAAGAUCUACGACUUCAUGGGCUCCUACCAGAAAGCGCUGGAAGUCCUGAACCAGGGCCUGGAGAUAGCGCCGACGUCAGUGGACCUUCUGUGUGUCCGGGGCAAGGUGUACAAGCACCUGGGCGACCUCCACAGAAGCAACGAAGACUUCUGCAUGGCCAGCGACAUAGACAGGAGUGACCGCCAGACCAGCGCCAAGUCGGCAAAGUCAAUUCUGAGGACCUUCGACUUCGACUACAGCGUGAAGAAGUGGAAGUCGUUCCUGACGGAGGACGUGUGCAAAAAGAACGAAAAGGAGGCGCCGCCGGAAAUCCCGAGCUUCAAGUUUGAACUGAUGUACGCGAAGCUGAAGUCGGACGUUUUCCUGAGGUCAUGCACGAACUGCGACUUUGGCCACGACUGCGACUCGGAGAAACUGAAGGAGUCCUUCGAAAAGUACCGCUACAUACUGGAAAAGCACUCUGAAAUCUACGAGAAUCAGCUGGACUUCCACAACUACUGCCUUAACAGACUGUCGUACCGAGUCUACUACAACUUCCUGAAGCUGAGGUCGGCCUACUGCGCGCAGGGCUACUUCAUCAAGGCGCUCAAGGGCGCAAUCAGGUGCUCCAUUCAGAUGCACCACCUCGGGAUCGAGACGGAGCUCACCACGGAAAACGUGUUCAGGAACAAGAACGUGGAGUACUGCGUCGAGUGGAUGAAGACGGUGCUGAACCAGAGGGUCUACGACCCGGGGCUCUACGGCCUCUUCUACUACCUGGCCUCAAUUUGCAACAUGGACCUGCUGUUCAGGCUGCGCUGCAUUACGCACUGCUACUACUCGUCGCGGUGCAACAGGCUGAACGAGUACCUGAUGCAGAUGAUCUACCACCUCAUCACCUACCUCGACCACUGCUCACCCUUAGAAACGGACCUCGUGAGAAAGACGCUCGACCUGUGUGUGCACGAGGACCUGGAGCCCAAGACCAGCGAACUCAACUGCGACUACGCGAACCGGUACCUGGACUUUGUGACUGACCGGAUUUUGGAAGGCAGCUACAACAUUAAGCAGGUCAAGGGCCUCGUCCUGUGCGCCUACAACUAUCGCACUGACGGCCUUUUGGAACGGGUGUUUGAGAACUGCGAGCGCCUGUACAGACACAUGACCUUCAAGGAGUACCUGAAGUUCAAGAGGUUUUUGCUGUACGCGGUGCACUCGUGUAGAAUAUCGUCAAACAAGGACCUCCUGAGGAGGGAGAUAGAGGCUCUCAAUUCGGAAUGUAGUGGAAAGUACACGAUAGAUUUGUUUUAG